AUGGAUACGACGAGGGAUAAAGCAAAGAAACAACAUAUGAAAACCAAAUCAAGCACGCGCAAGGACAAGAAACACAAAUCUGGCAAGCUCUUCAGAAGGAAGUCAUUGAAGUCACUGGGGAAUUUUAUGAACAGGAUUUUGAAAACUUUGGGCACUUUGGCACAGUUUGGCGACGUCGACCAACCAGACGCAGAGGACGACGACGGUGGGUUUCGAGAUAGCACGGCGUGCACUUUAAGUGCCCACUCAGGGAAUUUUAAAGAUGAUUUUCAUGGUAGAGGGAUUUCGGUAAAAAAGAGCUCUACGUUGUCCUUUCAUGGGUCUGUACGAGAGAGGUUGUCGUGGUGCUAUGGAGAUAAAACCCCGGGCGUUCAGGGUUUGAAAAAUCAUGGCAACACCUGUUUUAUGAACGCCGUGGUUCAGUGCCUGAGUAAUACCGACCUAUUGGCCGAAUAUCUAGGGUUGGAACAGUACAAAUCUGACUUAAGUCAGAGGAGACUAAAUGGUAUUGUAAGAGGCGAAGAGGCUCAACCUCCACGGGGUGAAGUGACUGAGCAGUUGGCGUUGUUGGUGAGGGCGCUCUGGACGCUCGACUACACACCGCAGCUGUCAGUGGAAUUCAAGAGUAUUGUGUCAAAGUAUGGCUCUCAGUUCAGGGGGAACUCACAACAUGAUGCGCUGGAGUUCUUACUCUGGCUCUUGGACCGAGUCCACGAGGAUGCUAACCCUUCAACCAACAACCACAACAGCAAGACCAAAGCCCCUGCAAAGGGUCCAGUGGGAACCGAUGACAGCCCGGCCUGUGGCCCAGCCAACGCACAGCAGCCUGGGACACGUCACAGCUUCGUCCAGGAGCACUUUCAGGCCCAGUACAGGUCCUCGCUGACGUGCCCUCAUUGCCUUAAACAGAGCAACACUUUUGACCCCUUCCUGUGUAUCUCUCUCCCCAUUCCUCUGAGACAGACCAGGCCCCUGAAUGUGACCCUGGCGUUUAGCACAAAGGGCCAGCGACACCUGAGGGUGGGACUAGCGGUGCCUCUGUUUGGCUCAGUUUCCAUACUGAGAGCCAUGGUAGCAGAGGAGGGCAAGAUCUCACCAGAUCAGGUAAUCCUGGCCGAGAUUUAUCCCAAGGGGUUUCAGCGUUCCUUCUCUGACGAUGACGACCUGACCAGCAUCGCUGAGAGCGACAUCAUCUAUGCCUUCCAAGCCCUGCCCCACCUCAGUAGGGGAGGCUCCACAAGAUUCUCAGGGUACCACCACAGUCUCCCAUCCUCUCCUUACAUCUCUGGCCCAGAGGGUCAAAGGUUACCGUCCUCUGGUGCCUUGUCAUCUGAGUUCCUGAAUCAGGGCGGCUCUUCGAAGCUUCUCCUGCUCAUGUGUAACACAACAGGCACGGGGCAGCAAGCUCUCAGAUUUGGACCUCCAUUCCUAAUGCGUGAGGACAGGAGUAUUUCCUGGGAGCAGCUUCAGCAGAACAUCCUGAGUCAGAUCUACUAUCUGAUGUUGAACGGCUCUCACGCUCAAAACGCUGCGGUCCUGUUCAAGAUCCGCGUCGUGAGUGGAUCAACAUCAUCCAGCUACCUUUCUCCUCAAGACAGUCGACCACUUUGCCAUCCAGCCGUGGACAGAGCCCUGAAGUUGUGUGGCCCAGGGGGUCCUCUGCAUGUCAAGCUUGUUAUUGAGUGGGAGCAGAAGCUCAAAGAAUGUCUGUUUGGGAACAUUCAGGAGGAGGUAGUAAAAGAUGCAGAGAGUGUCAGAAUCCAGCAGCAGAAUCACCUCCAGCAGCACAGUUGUACCCUUGAUGAGUGCUUCCAGCUGUACACCAAAGAGGAACAGCUGGCACCAGAUGAUGCAUGGAAGUGUCCGCAUUGUAAGCAGCUGCAGCAGGGCAUGGUCAAGAUGAGCCUUUGGACUCUGCCCGACAUUCUCAUCCUGCACCUCAAGCGUUUUCGGCAGGUGGGCGAACGGCGCAACAAGCUGUCCACCUUGGUGCGAUUCCCUCUGACAGGCUUGGACAUGGCACCUCACGUGGUCAAACGUAGCCAAAGCACCCGCAACCUUUCCCCAUGGCCCCCGACUUGGAAACAGUCUGAAACGGAUUUCCUCUAUGACCUUUAUGCUGUCUGUAACCACCACGGUGGUAUGCAUGGAGGCCAUUACACAGCGUACUGUCGAAACUCGGUAGAUGGGCAGUGGUAUAGCUACGAUGACAGCAGCGUCGACCAAGUGCCUGAGGAAGAGCUGUGCACUCGCGGUGCUUACAUCCUUUUUUAUCAGCGUCGAAAUGUCAUCCCCCCUUGGUCUGCCAACAGCUCUGCCAGAGGUUCCAUCAGCUCUUCAAUGUCAGACCACUGGCUCAUUCGCUUGAAUGGAGACAGCAAGAGAGGCAGUGUGGUGUCUCGGUCUACCACAACAUAUCCGUCUUCCAUUCCUGACUCCCCAGAGUCUCCUGUCUUCCAGGACGAGCCAUCUAAAGAAGAGAGGGGUGGUUUUGAGACCAGACCUUUUGUGAGGGGAAUCCAAGGACGCAGUGUGAGCAUGAGAAGCCCAACAAAGUCCAAGGAAAACUUUGGCAAAGUGCUGCCCCUGCGCUGGUCUCUCGGUUCCAAAGACCGUCACAAGCCUGCUCCUCCAUCAGACUCCUCUUCUCCAGCAGAGCUUGUCCAAUACCUGGAGUCAGGUAGGCGUCCACGUUGUACCAAGGACUCCAUUGUCAACCUGAUGGGUGGACCUUCUGGUAAGGAGCUCCGAGAGGGUCAGAAGGCCUCCACAGACAGUGCCUCAAACCAAAGCAGCCUGAGCUGUAUUGGGCACCCGGAUUCUCCCAAAAUGCCAGAGGGUCAGCGCAGACAGCCUUCAGACAAGACAGGAAAUCAUAGGCCCAGCAGCAACAGCAGACAUCGAGAGGAUGACACCCUAAGUAGAAGGAGCGGUAGAAAGACCAAACAGGAGCAUUCUAAAUCACAAGACUCGCAAUCCAGGAGGAGCUCCAAUGUAGGGGUUCAGUCAAGUUACGGCACUCACAGCGACUGGGAAUCCACAAAGAAGACCGGUAAGGAGGAUGUGGAAGAGCCCUUUCCAGAUGUAGAUAAAGGGACGAAAGGAGAGCAGUCAAAGGGUAACGUCCUAUCCUUCCUUAGAAAUAGCUUCUUAAGGAAAGAUCAGGUACGGAAGACCCGUGAAUCAGACAAAGGAAGCGAGGUAAGGACCAAAAGCUCAUCUAAACUCUCUCUCUCUAACGGGGGACCCAGUGGACCUGUAGAAGAGAAGGCCAAGGGUACUCCCCAGAGUCUUGGUGAGGAACUGGCUAACGGCCGACCGGGACGUAGCGCAGCGGACAUCAGGCGCUCUCACAGCUCGUCCAACAUAAAUAACAAGAAUAACAAGUCUGAUCACACCUUGCGACGGACGGCCUCUCUGCAUCGGAACGGUAUUUCCGCUCCGCCAUCUCGCAGCCAGACGUCAGAAAAGACGUCUCACGGCACUCCGCAGCGCAUUCGCUAUAGCACCACUUCACUUGGGAGGAAGAAGACGGUUCCAGAGUCCAGCUUCUGA